AUGAAGUUGUUGCUGGCCUUCUCGAUAUCCUUUGCUAUCGUGCUUUCCAUUAGCGCUCAGUGGGGCUAUGGACCUAGACCUUUCUAUGGAGGAGGCAUGUAUGGUCGACCUUAUGGUGUUGGCUACGGCUAUGGACCUUAUGGCUACUAUCGCCCUUACAACCCAGUUAGAGGAGCAGUACGAGGAGCUGUUGCCGGAGCUUUGAUUGGUGCUGCUAUCGGUGGAUGA